CUUCGAGCCAUGCUGCUUAUACAUUCGCCAGCCUUUCUAAGCAUAUUGGAAAUUCAUCGAAGCAUAUUCGUAAGCCCGGUGCUUAGCAAGCCUAAUCGCGCAAGUGGUUAAUUUUGGACCUGAUGGGAGCAUGCCAGCUGAACAUGACGCGUGACGAAUCAUGUAUAAGGUAGUUUGGGUUAAAUACACAGUGAUUCUUCCCUCCACUAGACUCCUUCCAAGUAACAAUUCGACAUGUCAAAGCCUCUAGUUCUCUACACUGCAGCUACCCCCAAUGGCCACAAAGUGUCUAUCCUGCUCGAAGAGCUCAAGGCGGCCUACGGGAACAUUGACUACGAGUAGGUCUUCCGUCAUGUCCUCCGGCCGUUAUUCAUAGGCCCUUCACAGUGUCGAGAAGAUCAACCUGACCGCGAAUGUCCAAAAAGAGCCAUGGUUCAUCGCAAUGAACCCAAACGGACGUAUCCCUGUUCUCAUUGACCGCUCCAAUACCACUGUUGCCCACCCGAACGGAUUCCCCGUCUUCGAGAGUGCAGCGAUUUUGUUGUACCUCGUGCAGAAGUACGACAAGGAAGGGAAGUUCAAGUUUGAGAGCGGCAGCGAUGAGGAGAGUCAGAUGUUGCAAUGGAUCUUCUUUGCUCACGGAGGAGUCGGUCCUAUGCAAGGUCAAUCGCACCACUUCCGACACUAUGCCCCUGAAGAUGUGCCUUACGGCAAGAAACGCUAUGGGGAUGAGGUCGUUCGUCUUUAUGGUGUGCUCGAUAUCGGUCUUCAAGGCCGUGACUACCUCGUGGGUCCAGGAGCUGGGAAGCUCAGUGUUGCUGAUGUGAAUGUCAUGACAUGGGUGAGGCUUCACAAGCACGCAGGUGUCGAGACCUUAGAUGCUUUCCCGAACCUGAAGGCUUGGCUUGAUCGGCUUCUGGAGAGAGAAACUGUGAAAGCUGGAAUAGCUGUCCCUUAGAGUACUCUCGAGCCUGUCUCGCUCUAGCCAAACCGUCAAUUCUCCCCUGUACAGUAUUUGCGCACUUGAACCAAAUUUAGUCUUCCACCGUUAUGGGUCAUCCGAACACGUAUUGAAAUGCUCAAGUAACACAAAGCCCGAGGUAGAUAACCACUUGAAACCAAGUAAUUCGAUGCUCUGUUUAAGUUGGUGCUCGACAAAAGCACGGUGCUGUCCACCUUCAUGCGGCAUCAUAAUCCUCGUCACUUGUAAGGAUGGCAGUAUCACCUAGUUUGCCCCCAUGGUCGCAUCGGACACAAGGAACUUCUCCUGAGUGAUCGCGUCGAGAUACGGGAAAAUAGGUCCAAGUGGCUCAAAGAAUAGACAAGAACACGGCGCCUUGCCAUCCACAAGAUGUUGAUUCCAUCUAGUUCUAUU